AUGGAUAUAGAUAUACAGACUAAAGAAUUUUGUAAAUUAUCAUUAAAGAACACAAAUCAAUUAUAUAAUAAUGUACAUGCAACUAUAGCACAUAGUAAUAGUAGUGCAACAGAUGAAUUAGAUUCGAAACGUAUAAAACUAUUUUCAAAGAUAAACGAUGAAUAUAUACAUGUUAAAGAUAUACUGCCGCCUAAAUCAACAACUACAACUUCAACUACAACAAAUGUACAAUCUAAAGAUAUUUCAAUGAAAGAUACAACUAUAGAUAAUAUAAUAAGUUCUCAACCAAAUAUACAAGAUGAGAAGAGAAGAAAGGUUGGUGAUAGUAAUGCAAAUAUGAGUAUUGUUGUAUCGAAUAAUAAUAAUGGUGUGAAGAAGAUGAAUAUGACAGAACAACAGAAAGCAUUGGUGAAUAUAGGUUCGACAGGUCCUGCACUUAGCUAUACUAAACCGAUGUGGCAUCCACCUUGGAAGUUGAUGAGAGUCGUUGCCGGACACACUGGUUGGGUGCGUACGAUCUCUGUCGAUGUGAACAAUGAGUUUUUCGUGACUGGUGCCACCGAUAACACCAUCAAAGUCUGGGAUAUGGCAUCGGGUGAACUCAAGGUGACGCUGGUCUAUCAUAUUGCACCGGUGCGUGCCGUUCAGCUGUCGGCGCGCCAUCCCUAUAUGUUCUCGGCCGGCGAGGACAACAAGGUGAUCUGCUGGGAUCUCGAAGCGAAUCGACCGAUCCGACACUAUCACGGUCACAGGAACGGUGUCUACUCGCUGGCGCUACACCCGUCACUCGACAUCAUCUUCACCGGUGGCAAAGACUCGACCGUCCGUGUCUGGGACAUGCGUACCAAAGCCGAGAUCUACACGCUCUCCGGCCACAAAGGAACGGUCGGAUCGCUCAUCUCGCAAUCGCCAGACCCCCAAGUAAUCUCUGGUUCCAUGGACAACACCAUUCGUCUCUGGGAUCUAAAGACCGGUCAAUCGGCAGUGACUCUCACCAACCACAAGAAAUCAGUAAGAGGUUUGGUAAUGCAUGAGAAAGAAUUCUCAUUUGCAUCUGGUAGUGCAGAUAAUAUUAAACAAUGGAAAUUACCGGAGGGACAGUUUAUUAAGAAUCUAUCGGGACAUAAUGCAAUCAUUAAUUGUCUGGCGUUGAAUCAAGAUAAUGUGUUGGUUUCUGGUGGUGACAAUGGUAGUAUGCAAUUCUGGGAUUGGAAGACAGGUUAUUGCUUCCAGAAAUCACAGACUAUAGCUCAACCCGGUUCACUCGAUAGUGAAGCCGGUAUUUUCGCAAUGGCAUUCGAUCGUACUGGAACUCGUUUAAUUACAUGUGAAGCUGAUAAAUCCAUUAAAGUUUAUAAAGAAGAUGAAGAAGCCAAUGAAUCAACUCAUCCAAUUAGUAAUGAAUGGAGACCAACAGCACAGAAUAUAAAGAGAUUUUAA